AUGGCCCACCAGGCAGGAGCACUGGCUGAGUUGCCUGUGGCAGCCGGGCCUGACCAGGAGACCACGUGCGCCUCAGCCUCUGGGGGCCUGUCCGCCCGGGUCCCCGCUCCGGAUCUGGAACCUGAGGAGACGCUGGGUCUGGGCCAGCUGCCCAUGGAGCUGCUCGAGAUGGUGCUGGUCCACGUGCCCCCCCACCCCAUGCUGCUCGGGCACUGCCGCUCUGUGUGCCGGCCCUGGCGCGACCGGGUGGACUGCCAGCACCUGUGGCUGAGCAUCUUGGACCGAGACCACGCCUCCCUGUCACCCAUCCUCCGCACCUACCUGCCCCCCGAAGACAGCGACCCCAGGCCGCGCGUCUUGGGCUGCUUCUGCGCGCGCAGACCCAUAGGACGCAACCUCCUCUCGAUCCCCAGUGGCGAAGAAGGCUCCUGGAACAGUCCGAUGCAGAGCGGUGGAGACGGCCGGGGAGAGGAGGAAAACUUGGGGGACAGGCCUGGGGCCAUUUCACAGACAGGCUUACGGUAUUCCUACAGGUGUUGUUACAAGGGAGAAAUGUUGAACUUGGAAAAGGAGGGUCUGUGGCCGGAACUCCUGGAUAGUGGAAAGAUUGGUAUUUGUGUCUCUGCUUGCUGGAAAGAACUACAAGACAGUGACCACACGUAUCAUCUAGUCAUCGGACUUCUGGAUGCCAACCAUGACGUCCUGCAUCGUUUCUUUCAUGAAGGUUUUCCCAUCCAGAGGCGGAGAAACCGUGUCUCCUUUAAGGUCAGACCGUGUUCUCCAACCUCAAGAAGGGUGUCCGCUUUGUGUUUUUUGACCACAGUGUCUGGGGCUUGGAUUAUUGGCUUGAGCAAUAUGUACUCUCUAUGUCCGAAUCCGAAGUCAUCGUGCGGUUCCGUCUGUCCUAGUUGA